GCUGUUCCCGGAAGCGCUGAAGCCUGGGCAAUGGCUGUCCUGGACGCCUCGCUCCGGGGCCUGUCUGAGGCCGCGGCGCCGCCACGGUAGAGCGAGCCUGGGUCCCGAGGUGAACAGCGUAGGGCAUGGAAGGCUCCAAGGCGUGCAGCAGCACCAUGCAGGUGAGCUUCGUGUGCCAGCGCUGCAGCCAGCCCCUGAAGCUGGACACCAGCUUCAAGAUCCUGGACCGCGUCACCAUCCAGGAGCUCACAGCUCCGUUACUUACCACAGUCCAGGUGAAGCCAGGAGAGGCCCAGGAGGAGGAGCCUAAUCCAGGAGAGGAGCCAUUUGUUGAAACGCGCCAGGAUGGAGUCUCCCGCAGGUUCAUCCUCCCAGCCAGGAUGAUGUCCACGGAGAGCGCCAACAGCUUCACACUUAUUGGGGAGGCGUCAGACGGCGGCACCAUGGAGAACCUCAGCCGCAGGCUGAAGGUCACUGGUGACCUGUUCGACAUCAUGUCAGGCCAGACAGAUGUGGAUCACCCGCUGUGUGAGGAGUGCACGGAUACGCUCCUGGACCAGCUGGACACACAGCUCAACGUCACUGAGAACGAGUGUCAGAACUACAAGCACUGUCUGGAGAUCCUGGAGCAGAUGACAGAGGAUGACAGUGAGCAGUUGCAGAGGGAGCUGGAGGAGCUGGCCCUGGAGGAGAAGCGGCUGAUCCAGGAGCUGGAGGAGGUGGAGAAGAGCCGCAAGGCGGUGGCUGAGAACCUGGAGACCGUGCAGGCGGAGACCGAGCGGCUGGACCAGGAGGAAGCCCAGUACCAGCGGGAGUACAGCGAAUUCAAGCGGCAGCAGCUGGAGCUGGACGAUGAGCUCAAGAGUGUGGAGAACCAGAUGCGCUACGCCCAGACGCAGCUGGACAAGUUGAAGAAGACCAACGUCUUCAACGCCACCUUCCAUAUCUGGCACAGCGGCCAGUUCGGCACUAUCAACAACUUCAGGCUGGGCCGCCUGCCCAGUGUCCCUGUGGAGUGGAAUGAGAUCAACGCUGCCUGGGGCCAGACUGUGCUGCUGCUGCACGCCCUAGCCAGUAAAAUGGGCCUAAAGUUUCAGAGGUAUCGGCUUGUUCCCUAUGGAAACCAUUCGUACCUGGAGUCCCUGGCAGACAAAUCCAAGGAGCUGCCGUUGUACUGUUCUGGAGGGCUGCGGUUUUUCUGGGACAAUAAGUUUGACCAUGCUAUGGUGGCUUUCUUGGACUGUGUGCAGCAGUUCAAAGAAGAGGUUGAGAAGGGCGAGACUCGGUUUUGUCUUCCUUACAGGAUGGACGUGGAGAAGGGCAAGAUCGAGGACACUGGCGGCAGUGGGGGCUCCUACUCCAUCAAAACCCAGUUCAACUCCGAGGAGCAGUGGACGAAAGCACUCAAGUUCAUGCUGACCAACCUGAAGUGGGGUCUGGCCUGGGUCUCCUCGCAGUUUUAUAACAAAUGACUUCCUUUUUCUUAGGGGGAUGUUUGCCUUAAAGGCUUUAAAUUUUGUUUUGUUUGAAAAAAAAAGUUUUGAAUUAAAUUUGGGUGAUAUUAAUCGGCACAUAUUUACAAUACCCUAAGAGACAACAAUCCCCGAAAACCGCUUUAUUUUAGGGCGAUGUGUGGCAGGUGCUUUCCGGAAUCGCAGCCCCCCUCCCCAGCCCCCGCCCCGGCCUGGCCUUUACUGACACUCAUGCCUGCCUUUCUCCCUGAAAAAACGACUCAUGUAAGUUUCUUUUAUUUAACUGAGUUGAACUGGAGUUGACUUGCUGUCGCUGGAUUUUUUCUCAACCUCCUAUCCUUAACAUGCGGAGUAGACGCUCCGCCUCUCCACUGAGACGCUGAGCUGUGCGAGGGCGCUGCCGGAGGACGGGGAAUGACCUCGGCGGCUCCGGGUGCCAUCCUGCGACGCGCCCGCUGCGCCCCUCGGCCGCCCGCCCGCCCCCACCUCCGACCCUGAGCACUGCGCUCCGCAGUGGGCUGGGCCACGCGGGUUGGAGCGGGUCUGGAGAGGCUGUAUAAUUUGUAAUAAAAGGUUUGCUACAAUGUG